GGUAUAAUAUUUUCUAUAAACAAUCAAUCUAACAACAGGAGGACUUUUAACGUCAUAGUCAGACAUGGCCGCGGAUACAAUGUCUCAGAACCCCUACGCUUACACAGCGACUGGAGAACUUGGAGCAAACAGAGAGACGAUGUUAAACAAUGAAUUGUUGUUGAGAACACGACUAGGAAGACCCAAAAGGCGAGGAUACAGCUCAGCACCAACAGAAAAUUUUGUAUAUGGUCGUCCCCUAGAACCACGUCAAGGAGGUGCUGAGGAUGCUCUUCAUGGAUGGCCAGCAAUGAAACCUAACAUAGCAUCAACAACACUCCCUUUCUCUCGUAAGGAAAAGAAAACUGAUAGAGAUUUCAUGGUAUUAAACAAAGCUGCAGUGCAGGCUGGUCUUGUAACAGCUUCAGAAAAUUACAAAUUUAGAGCAACUCAUGAUGUGAGGAGGAAAACAGCUGGGGAUGAAAACACACACAGCCGUACAAGAAGGAUACCACCCACUAUGGUGUUUGGUAUCUCUACAAGGCCUUCCACACCAAUUUUUGACCUCCUAGAACACAAAUACCAAGAUAAAUGGUUGAUGUCACGCCGUCAGAUGGAGCUCACCAAGAGACAAGAAGAAUCCAAGAGUGCGCCCAUUAUACCUAGAUCAGCAGGAUUUUCCAGUACACAACGAAGAAACCCUAAUACAGUCUACGAGACCCGAGCAUCACUGCUGAGGACGUACCAGAAUCCAGUUGACCAAGCCCCACUUUGGCAGUUACCUAAGUUCAAGAAAAACGCCAAGGCAUCUCUACAAACAUUCCGUUCAGAAGGUGCAAGAAAAGAAGGAUAUGAACAUUUUGAAUCUGACCAAAUAUCUAGAAAAGGCAAACUUGGUCAUGGAGUCUAUGAAUCUGCAAAGAACUGAUGUUUAUUCACAAGCCUUAUCUUCCCUCAGAUAUUUGGAAUUAAAACUUUUGUGAAAUGUAUGUACAUUAAGUGAUUUAUUACAGCACACAUUUAUUAAGCCAUGAAAACAAGGAUUAUCAACAGCACAAAAGGAUAAAUGGUUAUAACUGUAUAAAAAGUCCUUGGAUACAAUUUCAGUAUUUUACACAUUUCUUUGAAAUGUGGAGAAAGCAAUGUUAAAAACCUGCGAUAUACUGUGA